ACAGAACCCGGGCGGAGGCGUCCUUUCUGCCAUUGUCCAAACUGUUGAAGCAGCUCUAGCUGGCGCAGACCACCCGGUUUAUUCCUGCUUUGGGUGGUGGACAUCCUCUAGUAUCUUCUUAAAAAGAUGUGUGAAAGAUAUGAUGUGUGCUCACUGUUUCUUUCACUGCUUGGCGGGCUACUGUGAAGAUACACCACCUUUCCCCUUUUUCCAUGAUGGCUCAAGAUUCAGGAGGCUUUUCUUCUGAUUAUCAGUUUUGGAUGCAGAAACUUUCUUUUUGGCAUCAGGCGUCCACUUUGGAAACCCAGCAAGACACCUGCCUUCAUCUGCCUCGAUUUCAGGAAUUCCUGAGGCAGAUGUAUGAAGUCUUGAAAGAGAUGGAUUCAAAUAUGAUCAUUGAAAGAUUCCCCACAAUAGGUCAACUAUUGGCAAAAACUUGUUGGAAUCCUUUUAUUUUAGCAUUUGAUGAAAGCCAAAAAAUUCUACUGUGGUGCUUAUGUUGUCUGAUUAAUAAAGAACCACAGAAUUCUGAAGAAUUGAAACUGAACUCCUGGACACGGGGCUUGUUAUCUCAUAUACUCUCAGCAUUCAGAUUUGAUACAAAAGAAGUUGGUCUUUUUACUCAAGGUCUUGGGUAUGCACCUGUGGAUUACUAUCCUGGUUUGCUCAAAAAUAUGGUUUUAUCGUUAGUGUCUGAACUUCGAGAGAGUCAUCUUAAUGGAUUUAACACUCAAAGGCGAAUGGCCCCUGAAAAGAUAAGGUUCCUGUCGCAAGUCUGUGUACCACUCGUAACUCUGCCAGAUACUGAACCACUGGUGGAGGCACUGCUCACCUACCACGGCCAUGAACCUCAGGAAGUGCUCUGGCCUGAAUUCUUUGAGGCUGUGAAUGAGGCUUUUUUGCUGAAGAAGAUUUCUCUCCCCACAUCAGCUGUCAUCUGCCUCUGGCUUCGGCACCUUCCAAGCCUUGAAGAAGCAACACUGCAUCUUUUUGAAAAGCUAAUCUCCAGUGAGAGAAAUUUCCUGAGAAGGAUUGAAUGCUUCUUGAAAGAUUCAUUGCUGCCUGAAGCAGCCUGCCACCCUGCCAUUUUCAGAAUUAUUGAUGAGAUGUUCAGGUAUGCUCUCCUGGAAACUGACGGAGCCCCGGAAGUCCUAGCCGCCAUUCAAGUUUUUACAUGGCGCUUUGUGGACGCUCUGGAAAAACAAAACAAGCAGCUGAAGUUUACACUCAAGACCUACUUUCCUUAUGCUUCUCCAUCUCUUGUUAUGGUGCUGCUUCAACACCCGAAAGAUAUCCCACAAGAACUGUGGCACCAGCCACUGAAACAUAUUUCUGAAAUGCUCAGAGAAAUUGUUGAAGACCAGACUCACCGGUCCUACGGAGACCCCUUUGAGUGCUGGUUUUUGUUCAUUCACUUUGGAGGAUGGGCUGACAUCGCGGCUGAGCGGCUAGUGAUGUCAGAAGCUGAACCCCCCGAAGCCCUGCUGUGGCUCUUGGCGUUCAGCCACGGCCCACGUGACGGGAGUCAGCAGCGAGCACAGACCAUGGGGGAAAAAAAAAGGUCAAUUCCUGGCAUGGUGCCUUGGCUGCUUAGCAAGACGAAAGAAAGUCAAGAAAUUUCCAUUACGCCCAUUUGGGUUUGUGUGGAGCAGAGUAUAGAGGUGAAGGCAGUGCUCAGUCACCUGAAGAGGCUGCUCAGAAGCCCAACUCUCUUGGCCAGCGAUCUGCAGGCAGCAGCUGCAGAGAGCCCAGACAGAGACCCCAGACCACCUUCAUGUCAACAGCUGAUCAGGCGCCUCCUCCUGAACUUCCUGCUCUGGGCUCCUGGAGGCCAUGCGAUUGCUCGAGAAGUCAUCACCCUUAUGGCCUCCACUGAUGAGAUAGGCCACGAGAUUGCCGGCUUUCUUGACCAGACCUUGUACAGAUGGGAUCACCUCUGCCUGGAAGCCCCUAGGCCGAGAAAACUGGCCCGAGAACUCCUCGCUGAGCUGCGCGCGCACGUCCAGCCCCGGCCCGCUGCACGUGGAGCUGCUGUGCAUGCAGCAGGCUCCCUGGGGCCCCGUGACGAAACGAGUUCUUCGUGGUGAGGAUGAGCCGUAGACCUCUUGCCAGGAGCAGCGAGUACAUAUUUUAUGAAGUGAGAAGACAAACUCAGUCCAGUUUAUCAGUUCUUGACUAGAUUGUGCCUUGAGCAUUCGCUACCUGCUCAGCUCAGCUGUCAGAGAAUUACUGGAGAAAAGCCUUGAAUCAGAGGACACUUUCCUUUUUUCCUCAUGUCAAAUGAAGAUAUGCAACUAUUACUUGAGUGGUUCAAAGUCUUUGGACCAAGAAAUUGGUCAUGAACCACUGAUCAAUUUACAAGUAACUUAGUCCUUUUUCACAAAUUUCUUUUUUCAGAAGUCAGGCUACUGUGAUUGGUGUUUCUUUUAAUCCAUGGGGCUUUGAGAUCAAGCCACCCUCACUUGCUUCCCUAAGAAAUUCUUCCGUGAGGAGUCUGUUGGGCACCUCCAAGGGGAAGCAGAGGCCAUCAGGCCCAGUAGCAAGUGGUAGUGACAGGGCCACUCCUCAGUGGUGGCCCUCAAGCCAGCCAUGCUGUGGAGACAGCACUGCUUAGCACUGAAAUAAAGCCAGUUCCAAUGCUAACUCA